AUGUCUCGCUCAAUCAAAGUCCACCCAAUCAACAAGGUGCUCCAAUUCUCGGAGGAGGAGUUCCAGGGCAGACGCGACCGUGCAAUCCAGAUCAUGAAGCGAGAGAAACUCGAUGGAUUCUUGAUCACGAAACAAGAGACCCUAUACUAUUUGACUGGAUUUGACACUUUCGGCUAUGUCUUCUUCCAAGCCAUGUACUUCCACAUCGAUGGAUCUAUGCGAUUGAUCACCCGAACCGCCGACCUUCGUCAGGCUAUCUACACUUCGACUUUGACGAAGAAGGAGAUCGUCACACGCCCCGAUGAUGCAAAUGCCAACCCCGUUGCCUGUGUGCCAGAGGUCCUCAAGUCGUUUGGUAUCAACUCCCCUGCCAAGCGAAUUGGCUACGAGCCAGACUCUGCCACUCUCAAUAUGCGUAUCGGCAGACUCCUCGACGCGGCGCUCGAUGGUGUUUGCACGCUGGUUGAUCACAGUACACUUUUCGGGUUGGAACUUCGCAUCGUGAAAUCGGAGGCGGAAAUGCGGAAAGUCCGUAAAGCGGCAUAUCUUGCUGACUUUGCUCUUGUCCGCGCCCUGAAGUUGGCUAAGCCUGGAGCCUAUGAGGGUGAUCUGUGGCGCGAAAUCGUUGGAACUGUCUACGAGGGUGGCGGCGACGACCCUGCCAACGAGAACAUUCUCAACUCCGGCAACAAAGCCGUCUUGCUACGUUACGCCACUGGCAAAGGGAUCGUGGACAGACAGGUCGUUUUGGAGCAUGCGGGUGUUUUCCGCCACUAUCACGCUUGUCUGAUGAGGACUAUUCCCAUUGGAGGAGUCAACAAGCUAUUCCGCCAAAUGCAGCGUGUGAAUGUCUUGCAAAUGCGAGCUGCCAUGGAAGCCCUCAAGCCUGGACGUCCAAUGAGCGACUUGUAUGACGCUUAUGUACGUGUUGGUACUGAAAAUGGAUUCAAGGACCAGCUUAUUACCUCCUGUGGUUACAGCAUGGGUGCGACAUUUGCGCCGACCUGGAUGGAUUACCCAAUGUUUGUCAAGGGACAGAGCGUGUUGGUCAGGGCUGGUAUGGUGUUUUUCAUUCAUAUCAUCCUUUUGGACAACGUUACAGACACUUGCACUUCGGUAGGCCAGACCGUGGAAGUUACAAACCAAGGAACUGUUUCUUUGUCGAAAUUGCCAUUCUGCUUGACCAGAAAGCAGACAAUUGCCGCGUGGAAGAAGCUGCGGAAGGAGGAUUAUGGGUUUACCGCAGAGGAAGAAGAUGAAGGAGAGAACCUUCAAGACGUUGAGCUCUCCGAUGGUGAAAUUGACGCGGAAGACUUUGACGUGGAAUAUGAUUACAGUCAGUACAAAGGAGUUCUGGCAGACAACUAA